CACCGAUUAUCAACUAUCAAUGGAUGUUCCUUGUGCUUCCUACUUCCUACCUCCUAAGCACUUCACAUCUUUACAUUAAUACGUUAUUCAAAUAAUUUCUUUUGCUUUUAAUUUCUUUUUCGUUCUUUAAACUUUCAUUUUACUCCAAUUGCAUCAAUAUUACUCGUAACACCUUCGAUUCAUACACGACGCCAUGUACGCUGUAAAAACACCCAGCAAGUAUAUGACCGCGAAAACUAGAAGAGGCAUUCGCCACAGUUUUGAUCGGCUGGAUUCUUUACGCGAAAACUUUAAAAAAGGCAAUGGGACAGAAGAAGAAGAGCUACCAUCUCCUGAACCGAAGCCGGUAUUUCAUUCUAAUGGCCAUCGUAAGGCUUCAAACAAGUGUCCUCCAACACCCCAAGAUGUUUUAAGUCCCCAACACGAAAAACUCAUUCACUAUAUCAAUGACUCUUGGCACUCGGUUAUAGAAGAUGAAGAAUCAUCUAUAAGUUCACAAAAAAUAAUUUACUUCAAACCCGAAAACACUGCUGAAGUUCUAAACGGUUUUCAAGCAUUUGAUUUAGACACAUAUUGGAUCAAACGUUUAUACAAUAACAUCACUAAGUCAGUGCCAUAAGUUUUUGGUAUAGUGAAUUAUUUUUUAGAAAUUAUUUUACCAGACUCGCCCAUAGCUCACAAUGUAUCAAAGACACAUGAACACUUGCGUGAAUAAUUAGUCAUUAUUAUGUCAAAAACCGUAGAAAUGAAUCUAUGUCUUUAAACACUUUGAAUGGGACAGGAGGGAAAAUAUGGCAACUAGUAGUUAAGUAGUAUACCUAGUAGUAGAAUUCAAUGUUAUAAAAAUACCAAUUUUAAAAUAUUAUUGUAAAAGUAUUGAUUUUAGUGAAUUGUUGUUUCCUCAUGAUGAACUUUUGUUUGUUUGUUUAUAGUUAUUAUUAUUUUUUUAUUAUUAUUAUUAUUAUUAUCACAUUAUACAAAUUUAUGUUGUGAGUUAUCUGAACAAGACUGAAAUUUGUGUAAAAAAAAUUACUUUAUGUGCGAUCAUUUUAUUUUUAAUCCUCAUUGUUUUGAAUAUUAUGAGACCUAAAGCCAAUAUUUUUGUUUGUUAAAGUUUGUAGUUACUUUUUUAUUGUUUGUAAAAAUAUUAUAUAAUGAUCAAUUCCCAACGGUUAUAAUAUUGGCUUUUUGUCUUAUUUAUGUAAAAUUUCUGUUAAAAAAAACAACAUUUUCCUUAUUUACUCAUUAUUUAUUUUUGAACAUUCAAAAAACUGAAAGGGAAUAUUUAAAAUAAAAAAAUUAUUUCAACUCACGUUUCGCCUGAUCAACAUUUAUUUGCUUUGGUAAUAUGUAAUAACAAACAACUAGUUCCUAGGAAUUUAUUUUUGUAUAUCAAUUCAAUUAUUUUUUUAAUACAUAGAAAGACUGACGAGCUUUUAAAAUACACAUUUUUAAAGCCUCGUAUUAUAGACCAAAACUUCAUUUGAAUUGGUAUAUUAAUAUUAACUUUUUUGUUAUAAAUUGUUAUUAGCUACUGUUACUUAUAUGCCUACAAUAGGUGUUAGAUGAUUAAAUUAUUUUGUUGUUUAAUUGUUGGUAAU